GUCUUGCUGUUGGUGCAAUACAAUGUAGAGUUUUGUUGUUUGUUUUCGGGCUGGUUUGCUAAAGAAGCUAAUGUAGCUGUCAGCUAACAAUGAACAACUGCUAGCAAACUUCAUGACACAAUCACAAAGACGAACAGGAACACUAUGAAUGCUCCGAGACCGGAAACGUCAAAAGUCCAACUCGGAAGGCUGGCGUCCGAGGAUUCAGGAACACACCAUUAUUCAUCGAUGAUGGGAGAACACCAGGGUUCCCUUGUGCUGGCCAUCCUGUCGUCCAUCCUCCUCUUUGUCAUCACGCUGGUGUUCAAUGGACUGGCGGGACCUGGAAUAUAUCCAUUUCUUGGGACAACGGCCAACAUAUCAGGGGAGUAUGAGACGGAGAUCACGCCUGCAGGCUGGACCUUCGCCAUCUGGUCUCUUAUAUACGUGUGGCUGGUCCUCAUGUUCGUCUACAUCCUCUCCGGCUGCUGCAGGAAAAACUCCUACGGCUAUGUGUACUGCAGUCCUCCUGUCCUUUCACAUGGCUUUUUCAUGGCAUGGUGCAUGAACAUGGGCUUGAACACUGCAUGGCUGUUUCUGUGGGAUAAAAGCUUGAUGAUCGUUGCCGCUGUGUUCCUUCUCCUGAUUGCCGGCUCAAACUACAUCAUGAUCUCCUUCGCCUGCCGCGGUCUCCAUGUUCACGGCGCGUGGCUCAGCAAAUAUCACAGACUCGAUCUUUGGCUGCACCAUCUGCUAGAGGGUGUGUUUGGGGACAUCGGCCUGUUCAAGUGUGACCCUGUGAAGAUUGAAUUGAAGCCGGAUGCAGAGCCCUACACCCUGACAAUGCCGUGCCGUAUCCCGUUUCCUCUCCUGCCAAAAGUUGAAGGCGAAUUAUGA